CCCCCUCACUCACAACCAAAAAGGGUCGCAAAGUUGCAGUUGGGAAUAUCUCCUUGGGUCGUUCAUUACUGAAUCCCCUUUCCAUAGGAGACAUCUCCCACCCCGGACCCCCAGUCAAUCUUUUUGUGUGUCACUCGUCACUCACUUCCUUCACCCUCGCUCUCCUUCCCCUCUGAACCACACCCGUCCUCCCCCCUCCUCCUCCUCCUCCUUCGUCAUUCCCCCUUCUCCUCUAUUCGCUCUUUUCGUCAGUCUCUACAAGUCUUCUUAUCUCGGAGACAAAGACAUAUAAGGACCCUGGGCAACGCGCCGUCUAUCGCCCUAGGUUUCUUGUCUUUACUCCCCAUUGUCCCUAUUCGAGCUUCCAUUUCUCAUCACAACAACGUCGACAAGAACAACACACUCUUCUUCAGAUCCCCCGCCCCUACCACAACCGACCGCCGUUAUGUCGUUGUUCAAGCGCACGUUCAGGUCGCAAGACCCCAACGUCCGCGUCGACAAGACGUCGAGGCUGAAGAAGUCGAGCUCGAUCCGGGAUCCCCAGAAGCUAUCGAAAAUGCAGCAGUCCGUGCCGGACAACAGGCCCGCCAUGGCCCCGCCGGCCGUCCCCGCGCCGCAGCCCACCAAGUCGGCCAAGGCCGUCAACAAGUCCGUGGCUCCCUCGCCCAUCGUCACCCUGACCGUUGGCCGAGAGGGCCGGCUGUUCGCCGCUCACGAGGACGUCCUCUUCCAGUCGCCCUUCUUCGAGGCCGCCUGCAGAGGCCAGUUCUUUGAGUCGCAGAGCAAGAGGAUCUCCCUCCCCGACGAAGAACCCGAAACCUUCUCCUCCGUCCUCGAGUACCUCUACAAGGGCGACUACUACCCCCGCCUCAUGCAUAACAGGCACCGCAACUCUUGGGAACUCGAGGAUGCCGUUAGAGGAACUCCCCACACAUCCCCCAACCCCGCCGAAAACCACAGAGGUGGCCGCGCAGCCGCCAUGCCCCCCACGCCCACCUCGACAAACACCCCGAGCGAGGCAACGCUGUACGUCGCGAGCUGCGGGCAACACAUCCUCCGCGACACCGUCAUCUACUGCGCCGCGGAGCGGUACGGGCUCGAGGAGCUCAAGCGCCUGGCCUUGCGCAAGCAGGGCCUGCAGUCCGGCAUCGACGUCGGCACCAUCCUGCGCUCCGCCCAGUACGCCUACGCCCACACCCCGGACUCGGACUCCCGGCUGCGCGCUCACUACCUCGCCCUGAUCAUCCGGUGUCGCAAGACAUUUAAGAGGAGCGGAACCAUGCAGACUGAGAUGGAGCAAGGUGGUAGCAAGCUUUUCUUCGACCUGUUCGUGGCCAUGUGCAAUCAUCUUGACGACGUUAUCGACCACAGCAACGCGCGAACCCCCAAGACCGUCUGAGAGGGGGUUUUCUUUUAGAUGCUGGUUUCGAGUUGACUCAAGACCAGACGUCUAAAAACACAUGUGCAAUUUCAAAGCGAGCAUGGUAUCACCACGGCGUUAAAUCGCAGGCAGUUUUUUCCUCGUAUCGAUUUGGUCAUUUUGGCCUUCCAGGAUUGCACCACAAACGGAAAGGAGGUUGUCUGAGAACCGCGAUCCCAAGGAGGUCUGAUUUCUUGUCCUGCCGGACUGUUUAUUUCUCCUGUCUCUCUCCCACACCAGAUUGAAAAAACACCAUUUGGGAGCUGUCUUUUCUUUCUUGGAAAACCCAUCUCCACUUCUCACCAAGGUUGGCCGAAUUUCUUUCUGGUGAUUUAACGGAGUCCGAGAGGACUAAUACCAACCGCAAACGAACACUCCUCCCGCUCUUCUUUAAGACUUAUCCAUUUCCCCGCAAAUUCGGACCACGAGGCCUGAUACAGGAACACAGCACGCGGGCCUCGGUGUUGUUUUCUCCCUCACCACUGGCGUUUCACCCUCUGAGACUUGUCUAGUACCUGCUCCACGUUCACUCGUAGGCGGCGGCGAAAAGAAGUAUCAUGGCUCAUCAGAGAGAGAAAUAGGAAAAGCCGAAACGAGAAGCUUGCUACCUUGGAUUUUAACCAAAACACAAAACCGACAAAAAAAAAGUCACCAUCCCCAGCACCAAGCUGGUCAUUUGUCAACUACCCGACUUGCUUGGGACCGACACACCCUGCGGGGUGGCGCAACACUUCACAACUCUCAUCUCUCUCCAUCAGAAAGGAUUGGCGUUUUCACUCGGUAUUGGACAUACUGGGAGCACACAUCAGCAUGGUUCUCAGCAACCAUACAGCUUGUGUGUUUCUGUUAUCGUCUUUCUCCCCUGAUAUACGGAUGUCGAGAGGCAACACUGAAUGUGCCCGCCUUCGACUCCAGGGUAGGCCGAGAGCAUGGAAGGGCGGUGGACCUGUACAAUCAACAGUGAUCCAAGGAACGACAGACUUGGACGCUUCAAUCCCCGUCAUCUUUUCUCUUAGCUCGCCACGCCAAACCUACAACAACCAACACAACAAAAAAACGGAACAUCUCCCACACAAACAAAACAUGUCAGAUUGGACAAUUUCACACACCACAUGUUUGAGGAUCUCAUUUUGUACCUGGGUGAUACUUUUUCGGGAGGACGGUACGCACGGUCUGCAAUGGUUUCUGCUUUUGCGAUAUAGCCGACGAUGGAUAGAUAUCUUGACGAUCUACUUCGUCGGGGCCGUCCCCAGCGGACUGGCCCUCGACCGGCUUGAGCCCUCGUCAGGGCGAGGUAAUGAGAAAUUCGGCCACC